AUGACCUUAAUUUAUGGUCCUCAACCUUUGCAAAACCUUAAUAUUAAAAUGAGACAUGGGUUUGAAGAACAAUAUAAAGAUGAGCACUUACUGCAGGCAUUAGCUAAUGAUUUUAUAUUCUAUUUUGAUGAUAAAAGACAUCGAACAAAUGGGAACCCAAUCACCGAUGAAACAAAACGAAACGAUAAAGAUCGCUAUUACCAACCAAUUACAAAUUGGAAGAUAACUAAAGAUCGUCAGAAGACGGUUAGCGCCGCACUGUUAUUAUGCCUUAACCUCGGAGUAGACCCUCCAGAUGUUAUUAAGACUCAUCCUUGCGCAAGGGUGGAAGCCUGGGUUGAUCCAUUAAAUUUCCAAGAUUCUAAGAAAGCAAUUGAACAAAUUGGAAAAAAUUUACAAUCACAAUAUGAAACUCUAUCACUUAGGACACGUUAUAAACAGAGUCUUGACCCCUGUGUCGAGGAUGUGAAAAGAUUUUGCAAUUCUUUGAGAAGGCAAUCUAAGGACGAUCAAAUAUUAUUCCAUUAUAAUGGACAUGGUGUACCACAACCGACACCCUCGGGCGAAAUUUGGGUAUUCAAUAGAGGUUACACUCAGUAUAUUCCAAUAUCUUUGUAUGAUUUACAAACUUGGUUAGGUGCACCUUGUAUAUUUGUCUAUGAUUGUAAUAGUGCUGGAAACAUUGUGAAAAAUUUUGAGAAAUUUGUAGAAAAAAGAAUUAAAGAUGAUGAAGAAGGUAACCAUGAUAAUGCAUCACAGUCACCUACGGCUGCAUAUAAAGAUUGUUUUCAGUUGGCUUCAUGUAGAUCAAAUGAAUUACUUAUCAUGAAUCCAGAGUUACCUGCAGAUCUUUUCACAUGUUGUUUGACAUGUCCAAUUGAAAUUAGUAUUAGAAUAUUUCUAAUACGUUCACCUUUAAAAGAUACUAAAUAUAAAAUAUUCUUUGAUAAUUCCAAAAAACAUUAUGAUGCUAAGAAUUCUUACAAGGCUAAAAUACCAAACAUUAAUAUACCGGGUAUGCUUUCCGAUAGAAGAACACCUUUAGGUGAAUUGAAUUGGAUAUUUACAGCCAUUACAGAUACAAUUGCUUGGACUUCAUUACCGAGAUCCCUAUUUAAAAAAUUAUUUAGACAUGAUUUGAUGAUAGCGGCACUUUUCCGUAAUUUCUUAUUGGCAAAAAGGAUAAUGCCAUGGUAUAAUUGUCAUCCAUUAUCUACUCCAGAGUUACCUGACUCGAUUGCUAAUCACGAGAUGUGGAAAUCAUGGGAUUUAGCUAUGGAUGAAGUUCUAAGUAAAAUUGUGGAGAAUUUGAAAAAUACCCCACAAACACCUGAUUUAGAAACACAGAUGAUACUACAACAAGAAGAAUCAUUACAAAAUCAAAAAAAUAAUAGUGGUCAAUUAUCUUCACAAAAACUUCAACAAAAAGAUAAAGUACCUGAAAGCAUUCAGGGGCAAUCGAGGUUUAAUGUUGGUAAUUUGAGUACAAUGUCUCUUGCAACGCAUCCUGGCUUGCAACAAAAUAAUAAUAUAGGAACAAGGAAACCUUCAUCAGUAAAUGUAGUGACACAAUUACCGCCGCAACAAUUUUCUGGGUUCUUUGAACAAAACCUUACAGCUUUUGAACUUUGGUUAAAAUAUGUUUCUAAUGUUAGGAAUCCUCCAGAACAAUUGCCUAUUGUUUUACAAGUCUUACUUUCACAAGUUCAUCGUAUUAGAGCGUUGGUACUCCUUUCUCGAUUUUUGGAUCUGGGACCAUGGGCCGUAUAUUUGUCUUUAUCCAUUGGUAUAUUCCCUUACGUGCUAAAGCUUCUGCAAAGUCCUGCCCCGGAAUUGAAACCAAUUCUAGUCUUCAUAUGGGCCAGAAUAAUGUCGAUUGAUUAUAAAAAUACCCAGGCAGAAUUAAUUAAAGAAAAGGGAUUCAUGUACUUCAUUAACAUUUUAGUCCCUGAUUUCGGCAUGAAUAAUAAUAUACAUGGGAAUAUGACUAAUGGGAGCGGUACACCAGUUAUGAUGUCCGAUGGUAAAAACUACAGUAGUUCAAGGUUGCAACAAUAUGAUCCAACACAUAAAAAUAGUAUGAGCCCUUCAUACCACUCAAGUGACACCACCGAUGAACAAAAGGCAAUGUCUGUUUUUGUCUUAUCCUCAUUUGUAAGGGACUUUAGUAUCGGACAAAAAUGUUGCUUUGAAUUCGAGCUUGUUAAGAAGCUUUGUGUAUAUAUUCAAAAUUCAGAAAUCCCACUUCUAAGACAGUGGUGUGUUAUCCUGAUAGGAUUGCUCUAUGUUGGUAAUCCAUUGUACAAAUCAAUAUGUAUGGAGAUGCACGUUUUCGAUAUCCUACUUGAAGCUCUACAUGAUCCUGUUCCGGAAGUGAGAACAGCCACAAUAUUAAGUUUAAACUACUUUAUCUCGGAUAAUGUGGACACCGACACUGUGAUCAGGCUACAACAAGAGUACGAACAACAGUAUCAACAGUUACAAAUCCAAUUGCAACAAUUGAUUAAUAAUUACAACCAAAAACAAAAUCAACAACAUAUGGAACAGCAACAAGUGAAACUUGAACAGCAGAUGAAUAAUUGUAUCAACAUGCAACGUGAAUUGGAAAAUGUAGACUUAAAAGUUCUAAGAUCCCAAGAGGUUACAAAUUUGAUUGCCGCUUUAGAACUUAUCAACGAUGGAUCUCCACUGGUUAGAAAGGAAGUGAUUAUUUUCCUUUCAAAGACAGUUUACAGAUACAUCAAUUUUUUUAUUGUGGUUGCAUUUAAUGAGUUAGUUGAGAAUGUCAGUCAGUUUGAGAAAACAAAUCCUGAGGCAGUAAAUUAUAAUGACAAGCAAUUUGUUGGGUAUGGUUCAGUUUUUAGUACUGUUUGGAAAGCUCUUUUAAUCUUGGCCAGUGAUCCUUACUUGGAAAAUAGAGAAUUGGCCGAAGAGAUAAUAGAUUAUGUUCUUAUUGAACUGAGUAUGUAUAAAGAACUUAGAGAACCCUUUGGUAAAUUAGAACAAUAUUUUGUGAAGAGAAACUCUAAGGUCUCUACAGGUGGUAAAUAUUCAUUUAGGCCACUACCUAUAAAUGGUGGUAAGACUCAGAUUCGUUCGUUCACGACUGGUCAUAAUCGUAACAACUCAAUUACAGAAGAAGAUGGACCGUUAGAUACAGCAAGAUCUGAACAAAAUAGAAGUGAUACAGGAUCUUUGUCAAUUAAUAAAAUAUUCAAAAGUCUGGGCUUGGAUAUGGGUGACACCUCAAAAACGCACUCUGAUAACGCAUCUGUGUCGAGUGGGAACGAAAAUGAUCUAAUAAACAUUUCCCUAUUAAAUGACGAACAUGGAAUGGCACCAAUACCUAAAGUUCCAAGAUACCGUAACAGGAAAGAAAAGCUAAGGUUACCAUUCCAAAGUACAUUCCUUGAUUAUGCUUGUGAAUAUUUCCAGGAACCACAAAUGAGAAAGCCAGAGAAUGAUGAAAAGGGCAGUGUUGAAUAUAAUAAGAGACUGUGGAGAAAGAAUAGAAAUGAUUUCAUAAUUCAAGAAACCCAAAAUGAGAAGAAAUUAGCUUUGUAUGGUGACUGGUCAAAAAAACUAGUUACUUUUGAUAAUAAAACGCAACCAAAGACGUUACAAUUUACCCAAUUUGAAGACCAUUUAGGUGUGGCUGAUGAUAGAGAUAACAUCACGGUUUUUGAUUGGAAAGCUAAUAAAAAAUUGUCUAGAUUUUCGAAUGGUAAUCCUUUUGGUACUAAAAUAACGGAUUUAAAGUUUAUCAAUGAGGAUGAUACUGCCAUUAUGAUGACUGGAUCAUCAGACGGUAUAAUAAAACUUUACAAAAACUACUCUUCAUUGGAUAGCGUUGAAAACGUUGCUUCUUGGAAGGGAUUAACAGAAAUGCUUUUGACACCAAGGUCGUAUGGUCUAAUUACUGAAUGGCAACAAAGCAGAGGGUCCUUGUUAGCGACAGGUGAUGUAAAGAUUAUCAGAAUAUGGGAUGCCCAUACUGAAACUAUAGAAGUGGAUAUACCUGCAAAAACAUCAGCAUUGAUGACAUCCCUGACAUCCGAUCAAUUUGCGGGAGAUUUAUUUGUAGGAGGAUUCAGUGAUGGUACAAUUAGAGUGUACGAUCGUCGUUUAGAUCAUCGAAACGCUAUUGUUCGUCGUUGGAGAACCAGUGGCGGAGGUAGAGAUGUUUGGAUAAACAAUGUUCAUUUACAAAGAGGUGGUUAUAGAGAACUAAUAAGUGGGGCUACCAAUGGUGUAGUUGAGCUAUGGGAUAUCAGAUCUGAUGAUCCAGUAAAAACUUUUUCUGAUGAAAAUAUAGGGUCAAGUAAUGCCCAAAGAAACAAUCUAACCAUGACCACCGCAGAAAUACAUGAGCAUGCCCCAGUUAUUGCUACAAGUACAAAACAAAUUAAAAUAUGGACUACCUCAGGUGACUUGCUUUCCUGUUUCAAGAAUUCUACAGGUAGUAAUGGUGUUGCGAGUACCAUUGCAGGUGCAACUGGUAUAAGAACUAACCGUGUUACUUCUAGCUCUUUUGUCUCGGCAAUGAGUUUCCAUCCCCACAGAAUGAUGCUUGUUGCAGCUAAUUCUCACGAUACCCGUUUCAACAUAUACAAGUGCAAAGAUAAUGCUAUAAACUAUUAG